AUGGCCACUUCCUACAUGAGCUCUUCCUCCACCUACGGGGGUGGCUUUGGGGGCAGCAGCUCUCGCCUGUCCUCGGUGCGCACCGGAGGCACCUACCGGGCCCCGAGCAUCCACGGCGGCUCCGGCGGCCGCGGCGUCUCCAUCUCCUCGGCCAGGUACGUCUCCUCUUCAGGAGGAGGCUGUGGCAUUGGAGGUGGCUAUGGAGGAGGCUUUGGAGGGGGGGCAGUCUGUGGCUUUGGAGGGGGCUCCGGCUUUGGAGGAGGCUCCGGUUUUGGAGGGGGCUCCUGCUUUGGAGGGGGCUCUGGCUUUGGAGGGGGCUCUGGCUUUGGAGGCGGCGCUGGCUUUGGUGGAGGAUUUGACCUUGGUGGUGGCUUUGGUGGCGGCGAUGGCCUCCUCUCUGGCAAUGAGAAGAUAACCAUGCAGAACCUGAAUGACCGGCUGGCUUCGUACCUGGACAAAGUACGAGCCCUGGAAGAGGCCAAUUCGGAUUUAGAAGUGAAAAUCCGAGACUGGUACCAGAAACAAGCUCCCACCAGCCCCGCCCGUGACUACAGCAAUUAUUACAAGAUAAUCGAAGAUCUUCGAGACAAGAUCCUUGCUGCUACCAUUGACAAUUCCCGGGUCAUUUUGGAGAUUGACAAUGCCAGGCUGGCUGCUGAUGACUUUAGACUGAAGUAUGAGAACGAGCUGUUCCUGCGCCAGAGCGUGGAGUCCGACAUCAACGGCCUGCGCCGCGUCCUGGAUGAGCUGACCCUGUCCAGAGCCGACCUGGAGAUGCAGAUUGAGAACCUGAAGGAGGAGCUGGCUUAUCUGAAGAAGAACCAUGAAGAGGAAAUGAAAGAGUACUCGAACCAGCUGAGUGGAACAGUCAAUGUGGAAAUGGAUGCAGCUCCUGGCAUUGACCUGACCAGAGUUCUUGCUGAGAUGAGGGAACAGUAUGAAGCUCUGGCUGAGAAGAACCGUAAAGAUGCUGAGGCCUGGUUCUUCACUCAGACUGAGGAGCUGAACCGUGAAGUUGCCACCCACACCCAGCAGAUACAGACCAGCAAGUCAGAGAUCACGGAACUGCGCCGCAACCUGCAGAGCCUGGAGAUCGAGCUCCAGUCGCAGCUCAGCAUGAAAGCUGGGCUGGAGGCCAACCUGCGGGACACGGAAGGCCGGUACUGCGCGCAGCUGGCUCAGAUCCAGGCCCUCAUCACCAGCGUGGAGGAGCAGCUGAGCGAGCUGCGCUGCGACAUGGAGCGCCAGAACCAGGAGUACAAAAUGCUCAUGGACAUCAAGAGUCGCCUGGAGCAGGAGAUCGCCACGUACCGCCAGCUGCUGGAGGGCCAGGAUGCACACAUGAGCACCAGCCAAGGCCCUUUCCAGUUUUUUUCUGGGUCCCUCAGGGGUAGUUCAGGGUGUGGUUUGGCCCAGCAAGGAACUUCUUACAGAGCAUCAAGUGCAGAUGGUGGUGCCAGCAGCACACAUCCCUCCUUCUCCUCUGCCAGACCCUUCUGGCUGGCUGCAGGAGGGGCAGCCUGGGGAGGCUUCAGCGAGCACUAUGGGGAAAGCAUCUUCCUGGGUGGGAAUGAGAAACAGACUAUGCAGAACCUGAAUGAGCGCUUGGCUGCCUACCUGGACAAGGUCCGUGCCUUAGAAGCAGCCAACGCUCAGCUGGAGAGCUGCAUCCUAGAGUGGCACAGGACAAAGUCUCAUGGAAAGAGGCAUGACUUCAACCAGUACGAGCAAAACGUCACUGACAUGCAAAGACAGAUUGAGGAUAGCAAGAUCACCAAUGCCAGCAUCCUUUUACAAAUUGAUAACGCUAACAUGGCAACUGAAGACUUCAGGCUCAAAUACGAGGCCGAGAAGUGUCGCAGGCAGGGAGUGCAGCUGGAUGUGGAGAACCUGCGGAAGGAGCUCGACGGCAUGACCAUUAUUACCACAGAUCUGGAAAUGGAAAUUGAAGGCUUGAGAGAAGAGCACAUCCUCAGGAGGAAAGACCAUGAGGAGGACAUGGAAGCCAAUCGCUCCUCACAAGACUUCAAAGUCAAUGUAAAAGUAAACGCGGCCCCUCCUGCAGACUUAGGCAAGAUUCUGGCAGAAAUAAGAGAAGAUUAUGAGGCCAUAAUUGAAAAGAACCGUCAAAGCCUGGACAACUGGUACAAAGAACAGAGUGCAGCAAUGUCCCUGGCAGCAACCCCGAACCCCGAGCAGAUCCAGCGCAACGAGAACGAGAUCAAGGAGCUAAGGAGAACUUUGCAGUCCCUGGACAUCGAGCUGCAGGCACAGAUUAGUAAGAAACACAUGCUGGAAGACACCUUGGCUGACACUCGGAAUUAUUACGCUGCUGCACUCCAAAACAUGCAGCAGAUCAUCUCCAGGUGUGAGGAGGAGCUGAGCCAGGUUCGUCACGACAUGAAGCAGCAAAAUAACCAAUAUAAGGUUCUUCUUGGGAUCAAAACACGCCUGGAAAAGGAAAUUUCCACAUACCGCCUGCUGCUGGAAGGGAAUGCUGACGGGACAGCAAGAAAAUCUGAAACUGAAGAACACUCUGGGCUGAGCAACCGAAAGCUCAAAGCGAUUGUCCACGACAGCGUGAACGGGGAGGUGGUGUCCUCCACCAUCAACGAGCUCCCCCCACAAGCCUGA